AUCCAUUCCUUAGAUGCGAGCUGUGAUUUAAAUGCCAUCAUAGCUGCUGACGUCAAGACAGCCAGCAUUGCGGAGAACACACAGGAUGUUGAGGAACGGAUAAAAUUGCAAAAUAUUCACGACAGAUCUACAAUUUAAAGUAAGAACACAGAGGAACAUUAACGUUGAUCUCAAAAAUCCUGGAUUGAUGCAUUAUAUUUGGCGGAUAAUUUUUACGUCUUUUUGGCGAUAAUUGCCAUGCCAAUCGGGUGCAAUGGCGGACGACGCUGGGGGAGGCGAAGUAGGUCGGAAAAGAAAAGAACCAAAAUACUAUGAACCACGUUUGGUUGAGCUGAAAAAAGGCGAACGUGGCUUUGGCUUCAAUGUCCGUGGUCAGAUUUCAGAAGGGGGGCAGCUGCGGCCGAUUAAUGGCGAACUUUAUGCCCCACUACAACACAUCAGUGCCGUUCUACCGGAUGGCCCAGCUGAUGUUGCUGGAUUAGUAACGGGCGAUCGCAUAUUGCAAGUCAAUGAAGAGAAUGUUGAGGGAGCCACGCAUAAGCAUGUUGUGGAGUUGAUCAAAUCUGGUGGAAGAAAGCUUUCGAUGGUUGUGUUAUCCUUGCCGCCAAGCGAGGUCAGAAAAUUGGAUCCACCAGAGGAUGGGCAGGCACCAGAAUACUUUGAUUACUCAGACAAAAGACAAAUAUUUGUCACAAUACCAGAAACACGACAGAUUGAUAACGGAAGGGAGAAAUAUGCGGUGUUUAAUAUCUAUGUCAAUGACAGACAUAUCUGCUCUAGACGAUACAAAGAAUUUUCAAAUUUAAACAAUGAGCUGAAGAAACAGUUUCAAGAUUAUGAUUUUCCUAAAUUUCCUGGCAAGUGGCCAUUUCAGUUAUCUGAACAACAACUGGAUAACCGACGGAAGGCCUUGGAGUUGUAUUUAGAACAAGUUACAUCAAUUCGGAUAAUUCAUGAUUGCGAUGCAAUGAAAGAGUUCAUGAAAUCUUCAGAGGAAGUACAGGUCAAUAAUUUGGAAGUGGAAUUGAAAAUUGCCUUACCUGACCAAACAGAAAGGCCUGUGAAGGUUGAGAAAAGUUUUCAAACUCAGGAUGUUUGCAAGGCGUUUUUGAAAAAGAUUGGAAUGAGCGAAGCAUCUGCUAAGUACUUCGCUUUGUUUGAAAUUAUUGGAAAAGCAUUUGAGCGAAAAUUAAGAGACAAUGAAUUUCCACACACAAUAUACAUCAGAAAUUAUUCCAGCGAGCUGCCCAGUUGUCUUGUAUUGAGGAAAUGGGUUUUCACUUUACCAAGGGAAAUUGAAAUGGAUGAUGAAGAACUAGCAUUCAACUUACUUUACGAUCAGGCUGUGGACGAUGUAAGAACGUUAAAAAUUAAGUCAGAUGAAAAGUUCAAAAAACUUGAAGAAUAUAAAAGUUUGGGCAAGAAAGCCGAGUAUUUAAAGCUUGCAAGAUCACUGCAAGAUUAUGGUUGCGUUCGCUUCCCACAUUGCGAAUGCGAUGCCCGUAAAAAAGGCCAUGUCAUAGUUUCCUUCAAUCUUAACAGCAUUUUCCUUCAAGCGUGUUCUGUGGAUGGAGAGCCGGAGGAUCUAACACACACUUUUGGCUACGAAGAUUUCGUUCAUUGGGAUGAAGACGAGGAAGGAAUGUCUUUCUAUUUUCAAUAUUCAAGACCCAACAAAAAGCCGCGUUCUGUUCGAAUCAUAUCACCAUAUUUCAAGUACAUGUACGACUGUGUUAGCCGUAUUUGCGAGGAAAGAGAGCUGAAUAAAAAGGAAAACGUCGUAUUUCCCUCUGCGGAGGAAAGUGAUGAGAAAGAUGGAGAACUGUCGUCUUCAACAGAGAAAACAAAAUGA